AUGGCAGUGACAGCUAAGCACUACUUUCCUGAUCUUGUUCACAUGGGUCAGCGUCCGCCCAAAGAAGAGCGAGUUGAGAGAGCAGAUCCCGUGAUAGAUUUGGAGCUAGCAUCAAAACACUGUCUCUCCGAUUUGCUCUGUAGUGAACGUCCCCAGGUGUCAAUCACAGGCACGGAUUAUGACUUGGAUAAAAGAGAAGAGCCUAAUGUUGAGCCUUUCUCACUUCUCAGCCCCGAGCAAGACCAUGAUGAGAUUCGAAGGCAAAUGCCAUUGAACGCGAAUAUAGUUGACGCAUACCCAAGCACAGCUCUUCAGGAAGGACUAUUAGCACUGUCAAUGAAGCAAUGUGGCAGCUUCACUCCUCAAAUCAUUUGCAAGCUUCCAGCAAACAUCAAUUUGGUUAAGUUCAAAGCCGCUUGGCAGAGUACAGUCGAUUCGAAUUCGACGCUUCGAACCGGUUUUGUUCAAACGAGGAAUUCAGGCCUACUUCAAGUAGUUUUGGACCCAGAACCAAUCCUAUGGUCAGAAGAUAUUGAUCUGGAGGGUUACUUGAACAACGACAAAAACAUCUUCCCUUCAUUUGGAAAAAGUUUAUUGAGAUACGGCCUCAUCCAUAAUCAUGAAUCCAAUUCUUUAUAUUUCGUUUGGACCUUUCAUCAUGCAAUUCUUGAUGGAUGGAGCAUGCGUUUGAUCCUUAGACAGGUCGAGGAAUCAUAUAAAGGAGAAACUUUUCAAACAUUGGUGGAUUUCAAGCAUUUCAUUGCUUAUCAGUUGAAACUCGAGAGACAGUCAAAGAAAGGAAGUGAAAUCUUUUGGAGCAAUCACCUGGCAAACACUUCGAGAGUACAAUUUCCCGCUGUCCUAUCGCAACACCAACCACGUGCAAAUGGCUACUCUGAACGGUUCAUUCACGUGGGAGAAACCCCAUCGGCUGGUGCAACGACAUCCACAAUUAUACAAGCCGCAUGGGCCAUCCUGUUAGCGCGGCGCACUUCUGCCACGGAAGCUACUUUUGGCAUCGUCCUUGCAGGGCGCAAUUCAAAGAUCCCAGGUGUCAAUCUGAAAAAGGUCAAUGGUCCAACGUUCAAUUCGUUACCCAUGCGAGUAGUCAUUGAAGACAGCAAAUCUGUAGAGGAUCUUUUCGCCUCAGUCCAUACUUCCCGAGUCGCAAUGAAACCCCAUCAGCACAUUGGCCUACAAAAUAUCCGCCGGCUCGGGACGGAUUGCGCUAGAGCUUGCAAUUUCCAGAACCUACUUGUUAUCCAACCCAGAUUAGAGAGGGAUACCGGCAGCAUAUUCGGCUCUAGAGUGAAUACCAGCGAUCACUGGGCAAAGUUGAAUGCUUAUCCUCUCAUGAUGCAAUGUGAUCUAAUGAAGGAUGGCUUCACUGCAAUGACCAGCUACGACUCCCAUGUAAUAUCUGAUCAAGAAAUAGACAUUUUGCUGCAACAGUUUGAAGAUAUCGUUUCUCGUUUGUCCGACCCAAGUAUCUUGGUCGGUGAUAUAGGGCUGUCAAUAUCGAAAUUACAAAGUCAACUGGCCAUUCAAGAAACUGGGGCUGAGGAGGUGCAAUCUUGCGUUCAUGAAGUUAUUCGACAGAAAUCACAGAAUCGCGAAUCUGAACUAGCGGUGACAUCUUGGGAUGGCGAGUUGACUUACGCUCAAUUACACUCCAUAUCUGAUCGGUUAGCAUAUCUUCUCCAGUCUGCAGGAGUUCGACCUGAGGUUAAAAUUGCACUAAUAUUUGAGAAAUCUCUAUGGGCUGUAGUUGCCAUGAUAGCAGUGAUGAAGGCGGGAGGAGCAUUUGUCCCAAUGAGCCUCGAUCAUCCUAAGGAUCGAAUCAGGAAACUGUUGAAGCAAAUAGGUGGAACAGUGAUGCUGUGUUCUGAAAAUCUCUUUGCUUCCUUUGAUGGCCUUGCCGAUCAAACAUUUGCUGUGGGAAGAUCGAUACUCGAAAAACAACCGGAAGGCUUAUUAUGCACAGAUGUCCAACCGAACAAUUCAAUUUACGUUAUCUUCACUUCUGGAAGUACUGGAGAACCAAAGGGAUGCGUAAUAGAGCAUGCUACAUGCUGUACUACCAUUCGUCACCUCUCCCAUUUCUCUCAGAUGGAUUCCCAGAGUCGCUGUCUUCAACUAUCGGCAUACUCAUUCGAUGGCAUGGUUUUCGAAAUCCUUGCUACUUUAAGUGUUGGAGGCGUUGUGUGCAUACCAUCAGACGAUGAGAAAAUGAACAACAUUACAUCGGCAAUCAAUCGAAUGCAAGUCAAUACCGCAUUCAUGACAACUGCUUUUGGGAGAUUGAUUCUUCCAGAGUCCGUACCAACGCUGAAGACUCUUCUUAUCGGAGGAGAAAAGUUAAUUCAAGAGGAUCUAGAUCGAUGGCUCGGAAAACUACGUUUGUUACAAGUGUAUGGUCCUACCGAAUGUUGUUGUAUGUGCAUUGGAACUGAGAUCACCGAGAAAGGUGCCAAUCCAGCCAGAAUAGGAUCUGGUUUCGUUGGAAGUUUCAUUGUCCUCGGCGAGAACAAUCAAUUGGCACAACGAGGAGCUGCGGGGGAGCUAUUGAUUGGUGGCCCACUCGCAAGAGAGUAUCUCAAGAACCCCGAGAAGACGGAAUCAUCGUUUGUACCUACGCCUUCUUGUGUGCCUACCGAAACCACUCGAUGGAAAAGAUGGUAUAGAACAGGCGACUUGGUCAAAAUGGAUGUUGAUGGUUCAAUCGUGUAUAUUGCGCGAAAAGAUACAGGCGCACAAGUUAAGCUAAACGGCCAAAGGAUUGAGAUGGGUGAAAUCGAAAGUCACCUCCAUCAAAAUCUCGAUAACGUUGUAGAUCUAGCCACAGUGAUAGCAACGCCUGUGGAUGGUAGGUCGCCAUUCAUAGCAGCCUUCUUAUGCCUUAGAGAAGGCUGCUUCAGCGGAGAUAGGGAAGAAAGUUCUCUUCUCAAGGAAUGUCUCGAUAAAUCUACGAUCCGAUCGCUCCUUGACCGCCUAAGUCUCGCGUUACCUCAGUACAUGAUACCAAAAGUAUAUGUUCCCUUGUCAUCAAUACCUCUUACUAUCUCUCAGAAGUGCGAUCGCCAAGCACUACAAACUAUGGCAGCUGGCUUAACGACUUUGGAAUUUGCGUAUUAUUCAGGUCAAGAGGCUACACACUCUGCUCCUGUGACAGAGAAUGAGCUUCAAAUGCAGCGUCUAUGGGCCGUUAUUCUGAAACUUCCUCCGGGAAGUAUAGGAAGGAACGAUAACUUUACACGACUUGGUGGAGACUCCAUUCUUGCUAUGAAGCUCGUUGCAGCCGCGCGAGAAGAUGGCAUUGACUUGACUGUCGCGAAUAUUUUCCAAACUCCAAUACUUUCGGAUCUAGCAGAAACUUGUGCGGAAACAGAUAGUUCCAGAAAUGAGGAUGAUAUUAAGGCAUUUUCUCUGAUUGAAAGGCGCGAUCAGCUGCUGGAGGCAGCCAUUACUGGUGGUAUUCAAGCAGAUCUUGUCGAAGACUUGUACCCAUGCACUCCCUUUCAGGAAGCCAUCAUGGCUCUCUCGAUGAGUCAUCCCGGUACGUAUGUUGCACAACACGUUUUCGAAUUAUCCAAAGACGUAUACUCUAAUCUCGACAAGUUUCGCGGCGCGUGGAAUGAAGUUGUACGUUCGAGUUCAAUUCUUCGUACGCGCAUCAUACAACCUGAAUCAGCUGGCCUGAUGCAAAUUGUAAUGAGCGAAGAUGCUUCAUGGAAAAUGCAAGAGAAUCUCCAACAAUAUCUGAAAGCCGAUAAGGCCCUCUCGAUGGGCUUAGGUAUGCCUCUCAGUCGCUACUGCAUCGUUCAAGAGACGCAUUCGGACUGCCAAAAGUUUUAUUUCGUUCUUACCUUACACCAUGCAGUAUACGAUGCCUGGAGUAUGACUUUGAUGCUCCAGAAGGUGGGAAAAGAGUAUACAAUGCUCACCAAAAUGUCUACAAAUAUUCCAGGCUCCAUACAUCACGCGAACACACUGUUUAAUCGAUUCAUAAAAUCAGUGCUAGAUUUAGAUCGGCCAGCAGCAGAAGAGUUUUGGAGAUCUGAGUUUGCGAGUGAGGGUGCAGAGCCAUCACAUUUCCCAAUAUUCAGAGCUGGGUACCAGCCCCAACCUAGUGCAAUCGCUGUCAAGGAGAUCACACUGGCUCGUAAAGCUAUUUCCGACUUUCGAAUCUCGAAUCUCAUCCGAACAGCUUGGGCAAUCGCGAUCAGUAACUACUCCAACUCGAAUGACAUAGUAUUUGGAGAAGUCCUAGCUGGACGUGCAGGUUCGUCGGCCGACCUCAUUCGAGUCGUCGGACCUACACUAGCUACUGUACCGAUCAGAAUUAUGUUUGAUCCCCAGGAAACGGCACUCACUCUACUUCGGAAAGUUCAGGCUAAAAUGAUUCAAAUGAUACCUUUCGAACAGACUGGCCUCUCAAACAUCCAACGACUAGGUGAAGAACUGAAAAAAGCAUGCGAAUUUCAGAGCAUUCUAGUCAUACAACCCAAGGAAAAUUCGACUAUCGACGAAUCGUUCAUGGGUCGACGUCAGCUGGAUCUCGUGGACGCAACUGUGUGGGACACAAAUGCACUGACUCUAGAAUGUCAUCUUGCUUCGGACGGGCUGAAGGCAAAGGCAAUCUUUGACUCGAAAAUCAUUGAAAGCAGUCAGAUGGAGCGAAUACUUUCUCAAUUUCAGCACGUCCUUCAACAGUUGUGCCACGAAGAUGCAAACAUAACUGUCCAAGAUAUCAAUUCCAUCAGCGAGGUUGACCGAGAACACGUUUGGGAAUGGAACUCCACGUUACCAGACGUGACAAAAUCUUGCGUACACGAUGUUAUUGAUGUCAUGACGAAGCAAGACCCCCAGUCCCCAGCAAUUUCCUCUUGGGAUGGUGAUUUCACUCGCGCUGAAUUGGAUAGACUUUCAUCUCGACUAGCUUUUCAAAUGAUGAGGCAUGGUAUAGGGCCUGGAAGCAAAGUCCCAUUAUUCUUCACUAAAUCGAAAUGGGCCAUUGUUGCUACAUUGGCCACUAUCAAGUCCGGUGCUGCAUUUGUACCUUGCGAUCCUUCUCACCCUAGGUCACGUCUCGUUUCAAUCAUCGACCAGGUGAAUGCUGAAGUAAUUCUUUGCUCAAGCGACGUCCGACGGACGUGCCUGGAAACAUUUCCUCGCGGCAAAACAAUCGUGGUUGGGCAAAAUGAGAUCAAUACAUUACCAGAGCUCACGGAUGUCGUAAGUAUUGUCGCACCUGAAGACCCUCUCUACAUAUGCUUCACUUCGGGUACCACUGGCACUCCUAAGGGUACGGUAAUUACCCAUCAAGCAUAUUGCUCGGGAGCAAGGGAUCACGGUAAAGCGCUUCACUUCAGCCCAUCAUCUCGAUUCUUGCAAUUCGCUUCUUAUAGUUUCGAUACUUCUGUCGAGGAUAUCCUAACGACUCUGAUGACUGGAGGUUGUCUUUGUAUACCAUCUGAAGAAGAACGGAAUUCUGAUAUUGUGGGAGCAAUAGCUAGAAUGAAUGUGAACACGGCGGAUCUUACACCUUCUUACAUCAGCUCGAUCUCACCCGACUCAGUCCCAUCACUUAAAAGAGUGACACUUGGUGGAGAACCUAUCACUGCCAAUGUGAUCAAGACCUGGGCGGAUCGUGUUCAUUUGAUCAAUGCUUUCGGAACCACUGAAUGUUGCGUAACAAGUGUGGUGAACUCAGAAAUUUCUACAAGCACUUCUCCCACAAAUAUUGGGCGUGGAGCUGGUGCCGUCACUUGGAUCGUGGAUGUCGAGAACUCGAACCGCCUUCUACCUAUCGGCGCAAUUGGAGAAUUACUUAUCGAAUCACCCGCAAUGGCUUCAGGAUACCUUAACGAUGACGCGAAGUCUAAAGCUGUCUUCAUAGAUAGUCCCAGCUGGGCUCACAACUUUAGCUCGGGCCAACGUCCUGGACGUCUCUACAAGACCGGAGAUCUUGCUCAAUACAAUUCGGAUGGAACAAUCAGCUAUCUCGGCCGGAAGGACACUCGAAUCAAACUUCGCGGGCUUCGUAUAGAAAUAUCGGACGUGGAGCAUCAUCUACUAAGUCACCCACAAGUCAGAAAAGCUAUGGUUGCCCUGCCUACUUCGGGGCCAUAUGUGGACCAGCUUACUGCGAUAAUCGAGCUCGACAUUUCCACCAAAUUCGAGAAAGAUGGUGGGAUAGAGGUAGUAUCCCAGUUGGAACUCGAAGCUUCGGGAUUUCAAUGGUCUAGUAUUUCCAAUCAUCUAUUACAAAAUUUGCCAAGUUAUAUGGUUCCUUCUUCUUGGAUUGCCACGAAUAACAUACCGCUUCAUACCUCCGGAAAACUGGACCGUCCUAGGCUCUCUAAUUGGCUCACCAAUCUUCCGACGAUGCAAAGAACUGAAACCUUCCCCAAAAGUAGCGAAGCACCUUUCCUGUUAUCAGAUGACCAUAUCGCAUUGGAAAUCAGUGAUAGGCUUGCACAACUUAUUGCUACAAAACCUUCUUCGCAUACCAAUUCAGAUAUUAUAGGCCGUGAUGUCAACCUAGCUUCUAUUGGAAUAGACUCUAUCAAGAUUAUGUCUCUAGCAGCUUUCAUCAAACGAUCAUAUGGAGUCAACAUUGCUAUGCCAAUACUAAUCAGCCAUCAAACCACAAUCUCAGACGUCUCAAAGCAUAUUCGGGUUGCGGCCAAAGUCAAAGAUGGAACUCCCAUGGAGUCAGUCCCUACUUUAGACCUGAUGAACGAGGUUUUGCACUUGGAUACACAAUUAGCCUCGAUCCAGCAUCAUUUCGGAGUAGUCUUCUUGACAGGCGCAAGUGGGUUCCUAGGUACACAGAUACUGCGAGAGCUGCUUAACAGACCUGGAGUCGAGAAGGUCAUUGUACAUGUGCGUGCUUCAAGCAAUGAAAAUGGCAGACAGCGCAUCAUAACAGCAGCUAGAUCCGCGAGAUGGUGGCAUGACUCCCUUGCCGCCAAACUUGAAAUCUGGAUAGGUGACUUAGCCAAACCCAUGUUAGGUCUGGACUUGGAACAAUGGCAGCAACUAGGAACAGUCGAUGCGAUUAUUCAUAAUGGGGCUUCAGUACAAUGGAGUGCGGACUAUCACACUCUUAAAGCUGCCAAUGUCACAUCCACUUUUGACAUCCUGAAAGCUAUCACCGGAAGCGUUUCACCUCCGAAGUUUGUUUACGUAUCUGGAGGUCGUGACUUUGAAGGAGAAAUGGAUGAUAGUAGGACCGCUAUGAAAUUGAAGGUACUCGAUGGUUAUAGUCAGACCAAAUUCGUUUCAGAGCUACUCGUUAGAAACUUUGCUCAACGAGCUGCAGUUUCUGGUCAAGGUAACUAUGUCUCCAUUGUCAAACCAGGGUUAAUCAUCGGAACAAAACAAGAAGGAGUUGCCAAUACGACCGACUUUCUCUGGAGAUAUGUCGCCGGCGCAGUAAGCAUUGGUGCAUAUCCCAUCCCCGACAAACACGACUGGUUAACCGUGGCACAUGCGGAUCUCGUCGCAAACUCUACCAUUAAUGCCUUAAUGCAUACUCCCAAUAAUCAACAGCAUACCAUGGAUAUACUCUGCGGAGUCGACAUGCAGAAGUUUUGGGAUAUUGUCAAUAAACACAUGGGACAUCGUCUUCGACCAAUUACAUCGUAUGAGUGGGUGCAAUUGGUACAAAAUGAUAUUGAGAAGAGGACGGAAGCUCAUCCGCUUUGGCCAGUGGCUCAUCUUAUUAUCAAGGAGGCAAAUUUGGGCAAGAGUAAGAGACCGCUGGAGUUGAAUGAGGUGGUGGAGAAGGAAGUGGAGGAGGCAAUUGCGAAGAAUGUGGAGUUUUUGAAUGAGACUGGAUAUUUCGGGGAGGGGUUUAAUGGAAGCGCGGUGGGAAAAUAA